AGAAUGCAGUCCCAACAGUCCCAGCAGCAGCGUCGGAAAUUUGCAGCAGCCUUCUUGGCAUUCAUUUUCAUUUUGGCAGCUGUGGACAAUGCAGAAGCAGGAAAGAAGGAGAAGCCAGAAAAAAAGGUGAAGAAGUCUGACUGUGGGGAGUGGCAGUGGAGUGUGUGUGUGCCCACCAGUGGGGACUGUGGGCUGGGCACCCGGGAAGGCACGCGGACCGGAGCUGAGUGCAAGCAAACCAUGAAGACCCAGCGGUGUAAAAUCCCCUGCAACUGGAAGAAGCAGUUUGGAGCGGAGUGCAAAUACCAGUUCCAAGCCUGGGGAGAAUGCGACCUGAAUACCGCCCUGAAGACCAGGACCGGCAGCCUGAAGCGAGCCCUGCAUAACGCCGACUGCCAGAAGACCGUCACCAUCUCCAAGCCCUGUGGGAAACUGACCAAGCCCAAACCUCAAGCAGAAUCUAAGAAGAAGAAAAAGGAAGGCAAGAAACAGGAGAAGACGCUGGACUAGAAGCCACCAUCAUCUGUGGAACGUGCGGAAGAGGACAGCAAACAGGAUCUCUUAACUAUCGCAUUUAUACCUACGAUAGGCUUUUUAUUCCAGAAUUAUCUAUAGCUUAAGUACAUAAUAGGCA